CUUGUGAUGUUAUGUACUUCUGUUAGUAAAAAUUCGUCUCUCGUAUCCACAUAGUACAUAUUGAAAAAAAAAGGUUUUCAGCGACUCAUCAUUAUUCAUCUUCAAAACCAUUACUCAAUUACUAAGUACGAGUAUAAUAUUUUCCUUGUUGCUUCCAACUCAGCUGUUUUAUAUGUACUAUUUAACGAGGCAUAGACAAGAUCGAUACGGAAAAUAGCCACGUGGAUACUUUCGUCAAAAAUUCACACCGCGCAUGCGAAUUCUUCUCGCUCAGACCUAUGUGUUAAUAAUCCCGGCGCGGUUAGCAUUGCUUUAUUUUUUUUUUACAGAUAGUGGAAGUUUAUCUCAGAAAAAGAAUAAUAUUAUUUAUUUGUUUCAUUUUUAAAAAUGGGUUCGAUAGUUUUAAAAACUCUGAGCGUUUUAUUAGGUUUGUUUUUCAUACUUGUAGGUAUUUUAAAAAUAACUUGUUUUCUAAGUAAAGAGUUGCACAAAGAUAUGAGAAAAGAGUACGUGAAGUAUGCUAAAGUGUUUCCAUUUAAUGAACUGAUAGGAUACAAAAUUCCAGCCAAAUGGUACAGAAAGAUCAUAGGGACGAUGGAAAUAAUUUGCGGAUUUGCUUUAAUGGUCAUCCCCAAAGCUAACAUAAAAAAGGCAGCUAAUGUAACGUUGAUAGCUAUGAUGGCAUUAAAUAUAUACUCGCAUUAUAUGGUGGAAGAUCGUUUCGAACGUAUUGCCCCGGCAUUGGUAUUUUUCUUCAUGUUGAUUGGAAGACUAGUAAUCGAAUGGCAGAUUAAUAGACAACAACAAUUACUGAAUGGUGGAUUGAAAGUCCCCAAACAAGAAUGAAGAAUGAUAAUCGCUGCACUGAUGCAUUAGAUGGUUUUAUAGUUCAGGUUAUGAAAAAAUAUAGCCACAUAUUAUUUCUUAAGCGAAUUUAAAUUGCUCUUAGAAUAAAUGUAGGUAGGCAUACCUAGUUUUGUGAAUAUGAAUCCUUGUUCUAUACCUAGUACUCAUUGUAAAAACACGCCUUUUGGUGUUGCGUAUUGAUCGCUGUAUUUGUAUGAGGUCUUCUUAUGUCAUGACUGCGAAUAUUCAGUAGCUUGUACAAAUGUUAGUAAUCAAUAAAAAUUGUUCUCAUUUUUUAAGAAAUUGUAUAUUAUUGUAAAUUAAAUGAAGAGCUCUAUUCCAAAGUGGGUUAAGUCAUUUUUAAAAAAAGCACGUUUUACGGAGAUUUUUACUUCAAAAGUGAGUCAAGUCAUCGAUUUUUCAAAGUGAUUUUUUUCUACAAGCAAUUGUUCAAUGUCCAAAGAAAGGAAAGGUGCACCGACCUUUCGAAACAGAACAAAUUUUAGCUACAAAAACUUUAAACGCAUUUUUUGGUGAAAAAAAUGACUUAACCCACUUUGGAAUAGAGCUCUUCAAAUUAUUGUUUAAAAUUGCUAUGAUAACGAUAAGUAUAUUAACUAUACUUGGUAAAUUUCCAAAAAUAUUCUAAAUAAGACUUGCUCAAUUAUUAAAUUAUAUUGCAUGAUUUAAAUUGAAAAUGAUUGCUAUUUUUUGAAUGGUGUUCCUACUUUUUGUAUGUUUUUAAUUUUUGUGAACCCUUUUAUACUUAAAUUUACAAUGAUGAAAGUUGUAUUAUAUUAAAGCUGAUUCAAUAAAAAUACCAAAUUUUCGUUUUCUUCCUUCAAUUCACGUUGAUAAAUUCAUAAUUUCAUCAUUCAUCUUUUUU